AUGUCCGACCAGAGGUGCGGAAACGACUCAAAAAGUAGGGUUUAUUUAUCCGUAUUCACAUGUUGUAACCGACCGAUGCGCCGCAGUUGCACUAAAUUUUGCAACAGCGCGACAGCACGCCCCCGCGGGCGAACCCGCGGCGCCACUCGUCACGUCGCGACAACGCGCGCGCGUGAAGCAAGAGACGCACCUCAGAGUCACCGAGCCCUGACCGGCCGACACUCGCGCGUUAGCAGAGAUGGUGCGUCGUCAGCGCCCCCUCGCCUCCACCGUAGGGAUUUCCCCGCCGCGCAGGAAACCGUCGGCGGCGGGGAACACUUUUUGGAGGGUGCCAUCGCCGCCGGGGUUGGGCGACGGCGGGGGACGCGAGAGAUCGCACCCAACCCGCGCAUUCGCGUCCAGCCCGAUGCUCAGUUCAUCCUCUACGAGUCAGCCUCCGGCUACGCCCUCUUCGAGGGCCUCGACUUGGAUGAGAUUGGCCAGACCUCCGAGGCUGUCCAGGCUACCAUAACCGACAUGACCCGCUUCGGCAAGGUGGUCAAGCUCAAGGGUUUCAAGCCCUUCACCUCCGCGGCGAUGGCCCUCGACGAGAUCAACAACGUCGCCGAGUCCACGUGCUCCGACGACCUCAAAAAUUUCCUCGAGCUGAACCUCCCAAAGGUGAAAGACGCCAAGAAGGCCAAGUUCAGCCUGGGCGUGUCCGAUCCCAAGCUGGGAAACGCCAUCGUUGAGAAGACGGGCAUUCCGUGCGUGUGCAACGACAAGAUCGGCGAGAUCAUGCGCGGCUGCCGCACGCACUUCACCCGAUUCCUCAAGGGGUUGAAGGAUGGCGACUACGAGAAGGCCCAGCUGGGUCUGGCGCACUCGUUCUCCCGAACCCGCGUGAAGUUCAACGUGAACCGCUCGGACAACAUGAUCAUCAACGCCAUCGCGCUCGUCGAUAUCCUGGAUAAGGACAUCAACACGUUCAUCAUGCGCGUGCGCGAGUGGUACGGCUGGCACUUCCCCGAGCUCGUCAAGGUCAUCAACGACAACUACCUCUACGCUAAGCUCGCGCUCGCAAUCAAGGACAAGUCCACGCUCAACGACGAUGCGCUCAAGUCCCUCGCCGAGAUCACCGGCGACGAGGACGUGGCGAAGGAGGUCAUCGGGGCGGCGAAGGCGUCCAUGGGCCAAGAUAUCUCCCCGGUGGACCUCAUCAACAUCGAGGCUUUCGCCAAGCGGGUCAUCUCGCUCGCGGAAUACCGAACCUCGCUGCACAACUACCUUCGAUCGAAGAUGGCGGCGGUUGCGCCGAACCUCGCCGCGUUGAUCGGCGACAUCGUGGGCGCCCGCCUCAUCUCGCACGCGGGCUCGCUCACCAACCUGGCCAAGUACCCCGCCUCCACCGUCCAGAUCCUCGGCGCCGAGAAGGCUCUCUUCCGCGCGCUAAAGACCAAGGGCAACACCCCAAAGUACGGCUUGAUCUUCCACUCCUCCUUCAUCGGCAAGGCGCACGCGAGGAAUAAAGGCCGCAUCUCGCGGUACCUCGCCAACAAGUGCAGCAUCGCGUCGCGCAUCGACUGCUUCUCCGAUUUCCAGACGGACGCCUUCGGCCAGAAACUCAAGGAGCAGGUGGAGGAGCGCCUGGAGUUUUACGACAAGGGCACCGCGCCCAGGAAGAACAUCGCGAUGAUGCAGGCGGCGCUGGAGGCGGCUGGGCCCGAGUACGCGAGCGCCAACGCCGGCGGCAAGAAGCGCAAGUCGUCGGGGGGCGGGGACGAGUCGACCCCGAAGAAACAGAAGAAGGACAAGAAGGAGAAGAAGGACAAGUCCGCGAAGAAGGAGAAGAAGGAGAAGAAGGAGAAGAAGUGAGCGACUUUUCCGGGGGGGUUUCGGGAACCACAAUGUACUUACUAGCCACACUCAGAUAUAUAAAAAACACUGCGUGCUUCG